AUGGAGCAAAGGACUACUAUCAAAAGGCCGUUCGAGAAAACCUCGGCUUCCUUGGAGAUCGUCAGAGUCGCCGAUCCUAUUCACGUUCAAGUUCAGCCGCUUACUUCCGAAAGGAGAUGGAUUCCUAAACUUUCUGAGGCUAAAUUAUUGCUCAUCGCUUCAACUGGAUUUUUCAUAGAUGCCUAUGAUCUAUUCACGAUCAACCUAGUAGUCCCUCUUCUGAACAUCCAAUACAACGGGAAACUAGGCUCGAAGCUAGGGAAUGCAGCGCUUGCGGGCGGGGUCCUCAAAGCGGCGACGAACAUUGGUUGCAUAGCCGGCCAGAUCCUGUUCGGGACGUUGGGGGAUGUGUAUGGACGGAGGAUAGUCUAUCCGGCGGCGCUGGGGCUGGCUAUCAUCGGCACUGUCCUCACCAUUGCCGCGCCCAAUUCGCUCGGCCCUCAAGGCGUCUUCAUUUGGAUGACGAUCAUGCGAAUCUUGAUGGGCAUUGGCAUCGGGGGAGAUUAUCCAAUGUCUGCUAGUGUCGUCUCUGAUAGAGCUAAUAUCAACAGGAGAGGUCUGCUUCUCACCUUCACCUUUGCCAUGCAAGGCUGGGGAAACCUAGCGGGGGCCAUAGUGUGCAUGGUAGUUUUAUCAGCAUUCAAAGAGUCGAUCCAAGGGCACGGGGAGAUCGGGCAUUUCAAUGCGGUCUGGCGGCUGAUCCUGGGGGUCAUUCUGGUGCCUGCUCUGGCAACACUCUACCAACGUCUGCGACUCCCCGAAUCGGAUCGGAUGACGGAGGUCUUGAAGGAGCGAAAGCUUAAGAAAGCCUUCGAGGGCGUCCAGGGAACUCAUAUCAUGGCCGAUAUCCUCGACCAAAUCGGCAAUAAAGAGGCCUCGGCAGGCGUCCAACAGAGCUUCCAGAAAUCAAAACUUUCUGCCCUCAACGAAUUCCAAGAAUAUUUCAGCAAAUGGAAGCACAUGAAACACCUAUUUGCGACCACUGCGUGUUGGUUUCUACUGGAUCUGAGCUUCUACGGAAUCGCAUUGAAUCAAUCGAUGGUGAUUGCUGAUAUCGGCUACGAUCGGGCCGUCGAGCCCUGGCAAAACGCAUUCGAUAACACUAAGGCUAAUCUUAUCAUCACCGUUGCUGGCUUCUUACCCGGUUAUUAUUUCACGAUGUUUUUCAUCGAAUACAUCGGCCGAAAACCCAUCCAGAUCGGAGGAUUCCUGAUCGAGGGUCUCCUACUAGCUGUUGUCGCUGGCGAUUUCAAGAGCCUUUCCACAAAACCUGCCGGGUUCCUGGUUUGCUUUAUCCUCUUGCAAUUCUUCUUCAACUUUGGUGCCAACACAACUACCUUCGUAUACCCUGCAGAAAUCUUCCCAACACGCGUUCGUGGCUUUGCUAGUGGAAUCUCAGCCGCUUGCGGCAAAAUUGGCGCUGUGAUCGCCGCUUUAUCGUUUGGUGAACUCUCGGAAGUCAUUGGGACUAACGGUGUUUUGUGGAUCUUGGCGGGAACUAGCUUUCUUGGGGCAGUGAUCUCUCUGCUGCUUCCAGAAACUAAGGGAUGGGAUGCAGAUGAAGCGGAUGCCUUCGAACAAGCCCAACAACUCUAAUCGAAUCCUCCUCCUCAUCCAUUCCGACGAUCGCCUUUCACACUAUUUCUUGAUCGUUCAAGGUCGAUUUCUAUUUCCCAUUGAACAACAAAAAAAAUACGCUAUCUAUAAACUUCCCCAAAACUUCCAAAAUUAAUUUAAAUCUUAGAGUCAGAAAAUCAAGUCCAAGAUGGUCGUUUUUUUUGUCGUUAUACGCGCUUUGUAAAUAUUCUCCCCUGAUCCGUCAGCUUGUAUUGCACAGAUUGUUAUCUUUUUUUUUUUUUCUUUGGAUGUUAUACAGAUUAAACUUCAAGAUUGAUUCGGAAAGACGUUCAGAGGCCCAAGUUUCAAGGAACAAAUUUCAGUUAAUUCUCCUUCUUCUUCUUCUUCUUUUUUUUUUUUUUUUCUUCUU